ACCGUUGUGCGAAAUGCAACAAAAAUUGUUAAAUUCAUAAAAUCCUCUUGAGAGCUUCCAACUAAAUAUUGAUCAUGCACAAAUUGUUGAUUAUUUUGUUAUUUCUUGUCGUAAAGUUCUGGAGCAGUUUGGACGCCACGACUCAUUGGAAAGUGAAUUAUGAAAACAAAAAGAUACAACCUCAAUUUACAUCGCCGUUCUACCUGAAACAACCCAGCAACUUGAUGGCUUUCCUUAACCAAUCGGAUUUCAAAAAGCGUAUCGAUGAAAUUGUCCACGAGUUCACAGUCAUCAAGGAGGAAGUCUUGAAACACAUGAAUGAACUGGACACCAUCACGACUGAUUUGAGUUCUAAGACAUCGUGUAUUUUAAACUACUACCUCGAUGAAUCCGAGUUCUUUUCCACUACCUUGACACACACUUACUGGAAUCGUUUAAUGCCCGGAGGACUGAGGGAACCCACAUCCGGCGAAAAAUCUUCCAAUAAAGCCGUGAGUCCCAAGUGUUCGAACGUACUAGAUUUGGAUUUUUCGAUGUAUUUUGACCACUUGGAGUCCAUACGGAAUCGUAAAAGUGUAAAAAUGGAGCCCGAAGAGAUAAUUUGGCAGGGAAUCGGUUUAUCAGCGUCGACCUUUGCUCGUAUGCUUCACAAUAAUUUAAAGCAAAAUCCAACAUCGUGGAGAUGGCAUAGCCUAGGAUCAAUUUAUUGGCGUUACAAGGGAAAUGCAGCAGAAGCUAUUGAAUGUGCGAGACGCGGAAUCGCACUAGCAUCGCGACAAAACAAAGAUAUUCCACUAUUAAGCCUCGGAGUUAUAUUACAGCGAUCAAAGAACUACAAUGAUUCGUUUGUCGUGAUAAAUGCUGCACUGGACCAUGAGCCUAAUGUAGCGGAAAAUCAAAUUGCCAUGGGUAAUGCACUAUUCUUGUUGUCCGAAUUCAACAAAUCAAUGGAAUGUUAUGAGACGGCAAGGAGUCUCGAUCCAAUCUAUUACGAUAAAGUCGAAUACAUACAGAAAAGCAUGAAGUGCUUUCGUGAACUUAAAGUGACGUUGCAACAAAUGGAGGCUUUGCUAGAAAAAAUUGAGCCAGAAUUGCAGCGUUCUUCUGCAUUGAAAAAAGAAUUUCAGGAAAAUCACGAACUUAUGAGCAAAGAACAAGCUCCCAUUAGCUCCCGUAUUUACGAUGAUGAAAAUGACUUAAUUCCAUUGCUGCAAAGAUCACAAAUUUGCACGACGCGCUACGACAAGCUAAAGGACGGCGAUAAUGCUGGACUUUAUGUUUUUUGUGACUUUAUGUCGGAUUUGCACGACGACGAAUGGCCAUUGGAGGAUUUUGGGUCCGACAUGAUUCAUCGAUAUGUGGCACUUCGUGAACUCAUCAACACCUAUCGCAUUAAUUCGCUAGGUAUUUACAAGAAAAUCUCUAUUGAGAACUUGGAUUUGUCAACUUUUGCCUUUACUCAAGAAAUAAAAAAGUGAAAUAUUAUUUA